AUGGCAGCAGGGCAGAACGAUCGCUGUAGUGCCGGGGAACCAACCUGCUCUCACGCGGAGACUGGCGAAGGCACAGGCCGACAGGCGGAAGGCGUUCCGCCGCCGCCUCUCGCUCCCCAUGCGACAAACACGGAGCCAGUCACGACAGCAGCUCCGACGGCCAUCUCAGUAGCAGUAACAGCGGCGGCGCCUGCAUCGACAUUAGACCCACGUUCGUCUUCGUCGUCACUAGCAUUAGACGGUAACGAGAUGAGCCUCUCGUUUGAAUCACGCGUGCUGGACGCCAGCGGGGUGUCUGGGCGGCAUCAGGUGUCGUGUACUCUCGUGACUGGCUUCCUGGGAUGCGGCAAGACCACUCUGCUGCAGCACGUGUUGAAGGAGAAGGGCCACCUGCGUGUGGCCGUGCUGGUGAACGAAUUCAGCCCUGUUGACGUGGACUCCCUGCUGCUCCAAUCACAGCGCGCCAACGUGGCAGUUGGGGCGCCCCCUGGUCAUGGGGACCUGGCAGGGGGCUGCGCAUGUUGCCACGUCAGUGACGGGCUCAAGAAGGCUGUGCGAGCAGCGGUUGGUGGCGCCAUGUCAGCAUGCGACUACCUCAUCUUGGAGACUUCGGGCCUAGCGGACCCUCAACCAAUCGCCGCCCAGCUGAUGGAAGCUGGGGUGCGGCUGGAUAGAGUGGUGGCAGUGGUGGAGGCUGAGACUCUGCCAACCCUCCUUGAACAGCAGCCAAUAGCGCAGCGACAGCUGGCAGCGGCUGACCUGGUUUUGCUGAAUAAGUGUGACCUGGUGUCUCUGGGUGCGCUGUCAGACGCAGAAGACAUGCUACUGAGAUUCCUCACCACUGGAGACGCUUUGGCCCACCCACAUACCAACGACGCACACGGCACCACUCACAAUUGCACCUCCUCCUCUCACACACACUCCCAUCCUCCCACCUCCUCCUCCGGACAACCAGCCAGCUUGCCUCCCCCCCCUGUAGUCCGCACCCGUUACUGUCACGUCCCCUUGGAUCUGAUCCUAGAUACUGUUCCUGUAUCGCAGCCUGCUCCUCCUCUCACCUCAGCAUCCGCUUAUCUCUCCGCUGGCUUUCUCUCCCACGAAGCCACUGCUGCCCCCUCCUUUCGCACUCCCAAUGCUCGAACUUCCUCCACCCUCACUUUCUCCUUGCACAAGGAAGGGAAAGAGCUCAGUGCAAGGCAUGGAGCGAGGAGGUGCCAACUAGGUGCACCUGCACCAGGUCAUGCCUCCACCCCGUUUACAUCACUCCUCUUUGAGUCACAGCACCCUCUUCCGCUAGCUGCAUUCCAGCACAUCGUGGCCACCAGACUGCGAGGAAGAGGCGCCAGCAGCAACAAGAGUGGCAGUGGCACUGCCUCCAGCAGCACCACCACCGGGUGUGCUCCAGUGAAGGGUCUGCUUCGAGCCAAGGGCUUCUUGUUCUUCAAGGAAAUGCGGCAUCUGCGGUUUGUGUUUCAGCUGAGUGGCAGCAGCCGUUGCUCCUGCACUGCCAUCGACACCUGGGACUGCCCACCCUCCUGCCGCCUCGUGCUCAUUGGCCAGGACGCUGCUGAGCUGGCAGGCCUGGUGUCAGAGCUGGAAUCACUCAGGGAGGAUCACAAGACGGAUGGUGGGGUAGAGGGUUCAGGGGAUGGGGUUUCAGAGGUGGCUUGUGAAACAGGCUCGAAGAAUGUGGCUGGGGAGGCGGUAUGUGGGGAAGGCACAGCUGCUGCUGAGGCAGCAAGGCUUGUGGAGAUGCUGACAGCAGAUGAGAGAUUUGAGGUCCGCACAUCCAAGGCAGCAUCUGACAACAGAGAGGGGGAGUUAGUCACAGAGCGGCGGCAAAAAUCGUGUGAGGCUUCAGUUGUGGAGUUUGGAAUGAAAGGGAUUCCACUCAAAGGCAUCCAUCAGGUACGGCGACCGUAUGCAUCAUCAGGUACGGUGGCCUUCUUUCUUGAUUAG